AUGGCUCCGAAAAGAGAAUCCUCUAUUAAGAAAUCACCUUCACCAGUGACCCAACCGCGACUGGGUCCCCCUUACCCCAGCCUGCCUGCAACUGCUGCGGCACCGAAAGCUUCUCUAGACCAGAAACCAAGGAUGCUGCGUCCCUCAGAUUCACCGUUUGACCCCAGUACUUUGGAGUCUGACUUCUCGGAAGAUCAAAUCCUCGAGUUCAAGGAAGCAUUCCUGCUCUUCGACAAGACCGGAGAUGGGAAGAUCAACUACAGCCAGUGUGGGGACGUCAUGCGGGCCCUGGGACAGAACCCUGUCAACGCUGAGGUGCUCAAGGUCCUGGGCAACCCCAAGGCUGAGGAGAUGAACAGCAAGAUGCUCGACUUUGAGCAGUUCCUGCCCAUGUUCCAGGCCAUCGCUAAGAAUAAAGACCAGGGCUCCAUGGAGGAUUUUGUGGAGGGACUGCGUGUCUUUGACAAGGAGGGCAACGGCACAGUAAUGGGAGCAGAGCUACGUCACGUCCUCACCACGCUAGGCGAGAAGAUGUCAGAGGAGGAAGUGGAGACGCUGCUGGCAGGACACGAAGAUGCAAAUGGUUGCAUCAAUUAUGAAGAACUGGUCAGGAUGGUGAUGAACGGGUGAAGAAACAAAGAUCAUCCUUCAGUUUUUUUUUUUUUUUUACCCUGUCACAUAAACCCUCUUUUUGCAGUUGGCCUCUACAUUCCUGCCCCCUCCUCAUUCCAUGGAUUAGUUUUCCACAUUUAAUUUAAGAAGUGCCUUUACAUUCCCAUCAAAAGACCACAAAUAAUCUGGCUGUUGCUCCCAAUUAUGUUGUUUGCAUUUAAAUAAAUGUUUUCCCUGAAAACUUA